UGACAGAGUAAACACAACAUAUGGUCGAGGAACCUACAGCAGACACCAGACUGUUGAUGUGUGCCCGAACUUCGGGGUGGACAAUAUCCGAUAAGCCAUCUUGUGCCUCCAUGUCGAUGAUGGGCAGACAAUGAAGGACAGAUGCCUCUUCGGCAAAUCGGGAGAGAAAUUAGUUGUAGCAACUCAUUUAGAUAACGUUCAUCACUGGCUGGCUGGUUGCCUAUACUAGCAUCAUCAGUGCAGCAACGUUGGAAACCCGUGAAAUUGGUAGACGCGACUUGACGCGCCGGCUUGGAGGGGCGUGCAACGCGAGCUAAAUUGAUUCGAUACGUACAGUUUUAAAUACAGUGCCCACCAAUAUCUAUACUGUAUCCGUGUCGCUGAGAUCAUGGUACCCACAUUUACCCGAGCUCCGAGGCUAUGCGGGCUAGCAUCCCGAGCUUGAAGCUCAUUCCAGAUUCCAGUGAGAGUGAGCGCAACACUAUCAUUCAAGCCCCCAUCGUCAAUUGUUUCUUUAUAGCAUACCGGGCUUGGACGACUGAUAAUGGCGAGUGCCCUUGCGAGAAGACAAGCUUUCCGGCUUGCAACCCAGAUCAGGACAUUUAGCUCCACCCCAGCUCGGAAUGCAGCAGAGGUGAAGCGGCUCGGUGUCAUUGGUGCUGGUCAAAUGGGCUUGGGCAUUGCGCUGGUCGCCGCUCAGAAGGCAGGUGUUCCGGUAACACUCGUAGACAACUCACAGGCUUCGCUGGAUAAAGGGUUGGCAUUUGCAGAUAAACUCCUAGCUAAGGAUGUCUCGAAGAACCGUAUCACGCAGGAACAGGCAGACCAUGUCCGCUCGAAUCUGACCAGUACGACAUUGAUUGACCAGUUAGCUGAAGUUGACUUUGUUAUUGAGGCAGUGCCCGAGAUCCCCAAGCUCAAGUUCGAUAUCUUUGCCAAGCUUGCUGAAAUCUGCCCUCAACACGUCAUUUUAGCAACAAACACAUCCUCUAUUUCAAUUACUAGGAUAGCUGCGGCGACGACGAAAGACCCCAAGGACACUUCGACUAGCUCCCGCGUAGUCUCGACUCACUUUAUGAACCCCGUGCCUAUACAGAAGGGUGUCGAGAUUAUCAGCGGCCUACAGACGAGUGCUGAGACUCUCGACACUGCUAUAACGUUUUGCAAGGCUAUGGGGAAAAUUCCCUCGGUAUCAGCCGACUCACCUGGUUUCCUCGCCAAUCGGAUCUUGAUGCCCUACAUCAACGAAGCCGUAAUCUGCCUGGAAACCGGCGUCGGUGAUCGGGAUUCUAUUGAUUCGAUCAUGAAGAACGGUACUAAUGUUCCCAUGGGACCAUUGCAGUUGGCUGAUUUCAUUGGGCUAGACACAUGCCUUGCUAUCAUGAGAGUUCUACAUCAGGAGACGGGUGACUCAAAGUACCGCCCAAGCGUCUUACUGGCCAAGAUGGUCAAUGCGGGCUGGCUUGGAAAGAAGAGUGGUAAAGGAUUCUAUGAUUACUGAAAGAAGCAAAGGCUAAGCCUAUCAUCGUAUUCAAUACCUACAAUUUCUCGAUCUUAGUUUCGUUGUUCGAUGGUAGUCUAUAAUUGCAAGUUGGGUCUUAGACACAUUCGGGUUCUUUCUUGGUU